AUGGCGCGGCUGGAGAUCGUGGACCUCCUCGUGCUGGACGCGGCGGCCGAGUCCGCGUGCUGGAGGGGACGGCGAGGCCGGGGCCCGGCGCUGAGGGGCAUGGUCGUGGUGCGCCACGGCGACACCGGCAUCGGCGGCGUCCGGCGUCGCGCCGCCGUGGGGACGAUGGCGGCCGGGACCGGGGUCGUGCGCGCGGCCUACCUCCCCAUCGGCGCCGGCGGCGUCGAGGUGCUGCACGUCGGGGUCGGCAAGGGGCCCAGCCUGCCGACGACCACGCAGCAGCUGCACGGCCACAGAAGGAGGCACCCCGCCGGAGGCCGUGGGCGGUGGAUCCGCCACGUUAACCACCGCACCGGCGAGGAGCACGUCUUCCGGCGCCAGUAG